AUGAGUGAAGAAAAAAGCUUUGGUGUAUCCCAGAAAAUGUUGUCUCCUUCAAGAAGUACUAGUAGCUGCUCCUCCAAACAGGGAAGUCGACAGGACAGCUGGGAAAUUGUAGAAGGACUCCGGGGAGCAAUGAAUUGUACCCAGGAGCCACAGAAGCAGGAGGGCUGCUUGCUGAAAAAGAGGAAAUGGCCUUUGAAGGGCUGGCACAAGAGAUACUUCUUUUUGGACAGAGGGAUUUUGAAGUAUUCUAAAUGCCAAGCUGAUAUAGAGAGAGGGAAGCUUCAUGGCUGCAUUGAUGUUGGACUUUCUGUCAUGUCUGUAAAGAAAUCAACAAAAUGUAUAGAUUUGGAUACGGAAGAGCAGAUAUACCAUCUGAAGGUGAAAUCUCAGGAGCUGUUUGAUGAAUGGGUAGCAAAACUUCGUCAUCACAGAAUGUACCGUCAGAACGAAAUCUCCAUGUUUCCUCAUGACGUCAAUAAUCUUUUAUUCCCUGUGUCUACUACUGCGGACUCUGUCCCUGGUUUCUGUGAUUCUACUCCGGGUAGAAAGGCAGGCAGCUUGACCAAACAGAAUUCAUUGUCAACUGGAGGUAACUUGUCAUUUUCCUUUUCGAGUAAUGACUCCAGGAUUUCAUCUUGGCUACAGUCUUCUGAAGAUAUGGAAAAAUGCUCAAGAGACCUCUCCAACUGUCACACAUAUUUACUGGAAAUGAACCAGCUGUUACAGAGCAUGGAUGUUCUUCACAGGACAUAUUCAGCGCCUGCUAUAAAUGCUAUGCAGGUUGGACCUUUUGAAAGUCCAAAGAAGGAAAAGAGAACACACAGGAGGUGGCGAUCCAGAGUUGUUGGGAAAGAGGCUAAAGGAACGUUACAGGUGCCUUCAGUAUUUUCUGCUCCUAUGAGACUGCAUGCUUCCAAUCCUAACUUAUCUACAAUAGAUUUUGUAGAGGAGAAAAAUUAUUCUGAUGGCUCUGAAACAUCAUCAGAAUUUACUAAAAUGCAAGAGGACUUAUGUCACAUUGCACAUAAAGUUUACUUCACCUUGAGGUCAGCUUUCAGCACCAUAUCUACAGAGAGAGAAAAGCUGAAGCAGAUGCUGGAGAAUGAUGCAUCCUCGUCUCCAUCUGCACAAAUAGUUGGCUUGAAGAAUGCCUUAACAUCCGCAAUAGCACAAAACACAGAUCUUAAAGACCGGUUACGCAGAAUACAUGCCGAAUCUAUGAUCCUUGAUUCAGCAUCUAAUGCAAAAUCAAGUCCAGAUUUGGUGAAGGAAAAUGCAAGAGAAGAAAGCAGAGGUCUGGUUCACCAGGUCUCCAAUGAAAGCAGACUGUCUAUAGCUGACUCUCUCACAGAAUUUUUUGAUGCACAGGAAGUCCUACUGUCUGCUAGCUCUUCAGAAAAUGAGGUAUCAGAUGAUGACUCAUACGUAAGUGAUAUCAGUGAUAAUGUCUCGGAAGAUAACCUAAGCAAUGACAUGGAGAAUGAAAGACAAACUUUAGACUGUAUUUCUGAAAGUGGAAUUGGAUGCAAUUCUAAACGGAGAACAUGUUUACCAGCUCCAUGUCCUAAUACAAGUAACAUCAGCCUAUGGAAUAUCCUGAGAAAUAACAUAGGAAAGGAUCUCUCCAAAGUGGCCAUGCCUGUCGAAUUAAAUGAGCCACUUAACACCCUUCAGCGUCUCUGCGAGGAGCUGGAGUACAGUCAACUACUAGAUAAAGCAGCACAUACUCCUAACCCAUUUGAACGAAUGGUGUAUAUAGCUGCAUUUGCAGUCUCUGCGUAUGCAUCCAGUUACUACCGAGCUGGAAGUAAGCCAUUUAAUCCUGUGCUUGGAGAAACCUAUGAAUGUAUUCGUGAAGAUAAGGGUUUCCAGUUCUUUGCAGAACAGGUCAGUCACCAUCCACCUAUUUCUGCAUGUCACGCUGAGUCUGUGAAUUUUGCUUUUUGGCAAGAUGUAAGAUGGAAAAACAAAUUCUGGGGAAAGUCCAUGGAAAUUGUUCCAGUUGGUACAACACAUGUAACUCUUCCAGCUUUUAAAGACCAUUUUGCAUGGAACAAGGUGACAUCUUGCAUCCAUAACAUCUUAAGUGGGCAAAGAUGGAUUGAACACUACGGAGAGAUCAUCAUCAAAAAUCUUAACGAUGACACUUGCCACUGCAAACUGACUUUCAUAAAGGCGAAGUAUUGGAAUCCAAAUGCACAUGAGAUUGAAGGCAGUGUCAUGGAUAAAGCUGGGAAAGUUGUGCAUCGACUCUUUGGGAAGUGGCAUGACAGUUUAUACUGUGGGACGACUUCAUCUUCGAACUGCAUAUGGAGAGCAAAUCCAAUGCCUAAAGGUUAUGAACAGUGGUAUGGAUUUACUCAAUUUGCACUGGAGUUAAAUGAACUGGAUCUGCAAACUAGGUCAUUGCUCCCAUCCACCGAUACACGUUUUAGGCCGGACCAAAGGUUCCUAGAAGAAGGGAAUAUUGAAGGAGCUGAAAUGCAAAAGCAGAGGAUCGAGCAGCUGCAGAGAGAACGACGGAAGGUGCUGGAAGAAAACAAUCUAGAGCAUCAGCCUAGAUUUUUCAGGAAAUCCAGCGAUGACUCCUGGGUGAGCAAUGGGACCUACAUGGACCUUAGAAAAGAACCUGGUUUUUCCAAACUGGAUAAUCCUGUCCUCUGGUGA